AUGGAGAAAGAUUUCAUGGAGCCGAAAUAUGAAUCCAAACCCGAGGCUUCCUCGUCCGCCGCCGACUCUCCUCCGUCCUACGGCGAGACUGAGCCCACGAAAGGGAGCUUUGGCCAAAGAAUCUGGGACAGCUUCAAGAGAGACCCUAAUGCGCAUGUGUCGGCCGCCGAACACUCGGGUGCAGAUGGAUCCUCAUACGACAUCGAACAAGCUGCGCGGAAGACUGCUGAAUCUCCUCUGCAGCGCAAGCUUAAAGGCCGCCACCUGCAGAUGAUCGCUAUCGGUGGUUCGAUCGGUACUGGUCUCUUCGUCGGAUCCGGAAAGGUUUUGGCUGCGGGUGGACCUGCAUCGGUCCUAAUCGCCUAUGCCCUGAUCGGCUGCAUGCUUUACUGUACCGUGCACGCACUAGGUGAAAUGGCCGUCGUGUUCCCUGUCGCUGGUUCCUUCUCGCACUACUCAACUCGGUUCAUUGACCCGGCCUGGGGUUUCGCCAUGGGUUGGAAUUAUGCUCUGCAAUGGCUGGUGGUUCUGCCGACCGAAAUUGUCGCUGCUUCCAUGACCGUUGAUUACUGGAACUCGGGUAUCUCAAGUGCUGCCUGGGUCGCCAUCUUUUGGGUCUUGAUCGUGGCAAUCAACCUGUUCGGUGUCAAGGGCUAUGGAGAAGCGGAGUUUGUCUUCUCGAUCAUCAAAGUCCUGGCGGUGAUUGGCUUCAUUAUCCUUGGUAUCAUUUUGGAUUGUGGCGGUGGCCCCAACGGCGGCUAUAUCGGUGCACGCUAUUGGCAUAACCCAGGGGCCUUCAACAAUGGAUUCAAGGGCCUGUGCAGUGUCUUUGUCAAUGCUGCCUUUGCCUUUGCUGGCACCGAGCUGGUUGGUCUUGCGGCAGCCGAGACCGCCAAUCCUCGCAAGUCUCUCCCAACCGCUAUCAAACAGGUGUUUUGGCGUAUCACCUUGUUCUAUAUCCUGUCUCUUUUGCUGGUCGGCUUGUUGGUCCCUUACACCGAUGACAUGCUCCUCAACGGAUCCUCCAGCGUCGACGCCAAGGCCUCGCCUUUCGUGAUCGCCAUCAAGAACGCUGGCAUAUCUGGACUACCAUCUGUUAUGAAUGUUGUCAUCAUGAUUGCCGUGCUCUCUGUUGGUAACGCUUCGGUUUAUGGUUCCUCGCGAACUUUGGCAGCCCUGGCUGAGCAGGGCCAAGCUCCCAGGUUCCUGGCUUACAUUGAUCGGAAGGGCCGUCCUCUCUGGUCUCUCUUGAUUGCUUCGUCGCUGGGUGCACUUGGUUUCUUGGCAGCAUCCUCCAAGCAGUCGGAGGCAUUCAGCUGGAUGAUGGCAAUUUCUGGUCUCUCGUCCAUCUUCACCUGGGGCUCCAUCUGCUUCUGCCAUAUCCGCUUCCGCCGUGCUUGGAAACUCCAGGGCCAUAGUUUGAAUGAAUUGGCCUUCCGAUCCCAACCCGGCUUGAUUGGAUCCUGGGUCGGAUUUAUCUUCAAUUGCCUGGUUUUGGUGGCCCAGUUCUGGGUCGGCUUUGCCCCGACCGGUUACGCGAGCAUGUCUGCCUCGGCCUUGGUCGAAAACUUCUUUUCUGCCUACCUCGCCGCACCUGUCGUGCUCGUGUUCUAUAUCCCAUACAAACUGUGGUAUAAGACUCCCUUCAUCCGUGCCAAGGAUAUGGAUCUCCAGACCGGCCGCCGUGAUCUGGACAUCCAGUAUCUGAUUGAGCAGGAACAGGCCGAACAGGCACAGUGGCCGGCGUGGAAGAAGUUUUACAAGUUAUUCUGUUAGAUUCUCGGGGUGUUGUUGCCAGUCAGUUCUUGGACAUCCAGGGCGUUUUAAUGUGAUGAUACCUUCCCUGCCUACAUUUUGUGUAUGAUAACGAUAAUGAGCCUUUUCCCCUUCAAUCUGUACAGGUGGAAAGCAUCUGCUGCAUCUUGAUGUCCUGUAUGUACAUCACCGCAUGGUAGAAUGUAAUACGACUUAAUCGAAAUGAUU